UUUUUUUAACAGAUUCAUUAGGAUUAUAGUUAAUACAAAAGCUGCAGAAAAUGAAGAUCACGCCUGUUGUGCUUCUUUACUGCUGCAUAAUAGCAAAAACUCUACAGUUUGGAAAUUUUAACUACAAGGAAGAUUUUGAUAAAAAUCUCGAGAAAGAAUAUCUUCGAAAUUUUCUGAAUGAUAAAAACGAUUUUGACGACGAAGAAGAUUUUGAACCAGACCUUGAAACAAAUUUUGAAGCCAUAUUCGAGGAUGAUUUCGAGCCUGAUUAUGAAAAAGAUCUGACGGACCCAUUCAUUCGUUUUUGUAAAACGUUCAAGUUAUGCGAGAAAGAGGGGCAUGGAUUCAAAAUUGGAUGUGCUGGGUUUGAGAUGAAUUAUGUGAACAGAAGAAAUUCAUUCCCUAAAGUCUAUAAGAGAAGAGCUGGAAGAUGGUGCGUCAAUUGUCAAGAGAGAUGCAGAAGACAUAUAAUACGUACUCCUUGAAGCAGAUUUGGUGAUGAUUUACGUCAAUGUCAGUAACCGGAAGAUAAAAUAGAAAUAGAUUUAAACUAUGAUGUUUUUUUUUUUAUUUUUAUUUCCGCCCAAACGCUGAUCAAUGAAACAGUGUGCUCAAAUAAAUAAAAUGCUUCCCAAAUUUAAAAGACAACUAACUCGUGAUGUAUUAAUUCACCAGCAACAUGUAACCAAGAUUAUGCUAAUCAUGAACAGGGAAUCAGACAAGAUACCGUGUUUCCCCGAAAAUAAGACAGUGUGUUAUUUCAAUUUUCUUUCGAAAAAUACCAUUAGGGUUUAUUUUCGCAUAAUCGUAUAAUUUUAUUUAUCCAAAACAAAAUUAGAAAUUACAGAAUUGGGGGAUUUUCAAUUAUAAAAAAUAUUGAAACCGAUAUCCAUUUACUUAAAUGACACGUUUUCCUCCCUCACGCGUUUUAGAUUAAUCAUUUAUAACGUGUCGUAUGGGAAAGAUUUCUUGCUAUCGACCAGGUAAAAAAAAUUGCGUCAUUGACUAGGUCAAGGGGGGGGGCUUAUAUUAAAAUUAUUCCUAAAAUUCAGGCUAGGUCUUAUUUUCAGGGUAGGUCUUAUUUUGGGGGAAACACGGUAUGUUCCAAUGCAUUAUUCAAAGAACUAGAAGGAUUUUCAUCCGUCUUGCGCGUUCGGAAACUUUAAAUAAAAAAGUCAACAUUGACUUUUUCACCCCAUCCUAUUCCCUUUUCCUUAUAAUUGCGUAUAUAUAUCGAGAAGUGGAACUAUAAUACCUUUCAUAAAUCAGUAAUUAGCCAAUUUUUGUUACUGAUUAUUUGCUCAUUUUAAACAUCUGAAUAACGCGGUCAAUUAAUCUAAAAAGUCAUUGAUGUUUAUUCAAAUGAUAAUCCUCAUUUUAGCAGUAAUCUAAUAGACCUAAAUUAAGGAUAUUUGGAAGAAUCGUUGUAAUGGCCCCAAAAGUUAUUCCCUCGAAUGCGUUCAUUUUAUGAAACUGUAGAAGAAGUAUCAAAUGCAAUGCUAUUCUAAUAGUCGGAUUAUUAACUUUUUACAAUCUAUGAGUUUUCUACUGAGCUUUCGGCCUUAUAAAAAGUUUACGAUUUAACAUGUUAUAUAUAUAUGAACAAG